GUGAAAUCGGAAGAUCAGCCGACUCGAUCAAGUCCAUCGAAGAUCUCGAUGAAAAGCUUGAGAAAGUCAACGAGCUAAUCUUCGAUCUAGACACCACUUUGGCUGCUAUCAUGGAAAAAUGGAGCAAAUCUCUCGCCCCUCACCUCCAACCCAUGCUGCGUAUAGCGGGUUCCCUCGAUUAUAUGACCGAGGGAAUCAGAACAUUAGCUUCUAAAAAGAAGACUGGUUCAACGCUACACAACAGCACUCGAACUUUGGCGUUGACCACCAAAUUGCGUGAUUCACUCCGCGAUUUGAUCUACUCCUCAAAGGGAAGCAGCCAAGGCGUCCAUUUCGAAGCAGAAAUGGAAGCCGAUAGAUUGGUUGCUGAAGUUGAUCAGGAACUUGAAGAUUGUCUUCAAGAGCCUAAUGGUGACGAUUCUCCUUUGCCAGAGGUCCAAGCUUUGCUUGACCGGCGAAACGAGAUUAUGACACGUCACGGAUCAAGCGUUCAGCCAACCAAUCCCCCCCUAUUCAAAUCUAGAGUCCAUGCAGGAAUUCCCGGGCUUCGUCAACCUCCGAUGUUCGGUCAGAACGUUCAAGGAAUUCCCGGUCAUCGUCAACCUGCAACUCCCAACUCGAACUUCCAACGAGGGGAGACC